CAACCCAUCGCCAUUAUUUCUCCCUUUUCUCCGUCUUGUCGUUUUGCUUUCUGCUGGCCACAUUCCUUCUGCCCUCGCCGUGUUUCAUCUUCCCCGAUCCGAAUCGAAUCCUUCCAUCCCCAAGUUGCCUCCCCGUCCACUUCACGCCUGCCGAUUGAAUCCCAUCGGCGUCCUCCGCCACCGAGGACGAUGCCUCCGGUCAACACUCCCUCGAAUCAUUCGCCCCCUCCCUCGCUGCAGCUGAACGAUCUCUCCGGCCCACUCCCCUCGCUGCCCGCCGCCGAUGACGCCCAUGACGAUAACGUGAGCUUCCUGCGGUCUCGUGUGCGCUCUCCGCCUGAUUCCUCCUCGUCCGUCUCGUCGCUCAGUCGCCAGAAUCGACGCCGCCAACAGAUCCAGGCCGAGUUGGACGUCGUGCCCAUGGAUCUCGACAACCCCGCCCGCACGCGAUCCUCCCUCGAAAUCAGCCGCCGCAUCCCCAUCGUGCGCCGUCAGCGCGACUCUCCCACCUCCGCCACCCCCAGCCAGAAUCCAAAUCACCACAGCAAUAACAUGCCCAACUACGAAAGUCGGGUCUCCAACCCGCGCUCCCUGUACGGUUGGGCGCCGGCCUCCGAUGACGACGACGACGCUAACGACGACCCCAACGACGAUGAUUUGACCCUCGAACCGCUCCAAGACCCCAACUCCAUCUCCUCCUGGUUUGGCCGCCUCUCCGACCGCAGCGCCGCUUCCAGACGCCAUGCGCGCCGUGAAUACGUCGGUCGAAGUCCGCACGCUCUGCCCGACGAUCCUGCCGACAACAGCGCCCACCGCUGGAACGACCCGACGACGGAGGCCCUGUUGCAGUCCGUACGGCGACAACCACGCUUUUCACGCACUCGCACCCUACACAACUAUCUCCUCGACCGCGAACGAGCAGGCACCCAGGACGCGGAGGAAAGCAGAGACCGGUCAUCCACAUCCCGCGCAUAUCGCUUCCUCCCCGGCAGCCGUGGCGAACCGCAUCGACUCCUGACUCACAGCGACCUGCGCGCUCGCAUCAGUGCCCAUCGACAACUCAACAUGGAUAACCCCCCGAGUCCCCGGCUAAAAGAGACGAUCAAAUACCUGGACCGUCUGCGCUACUCGAACUCCUUCGAAGAAAGUCUCAACUCCGCCGCUGCGGGCGGAUUUGCCCAACUCGACUUCCUCUCCUGGGAUCACGAUGAUUUUAUCCUGGAUACAACUUCGAUAGCGCCGCCCCCAAUCUGUUCCUGGCUGCGGCCCGGUAUGGUCUUCUCAGGAUCUCAACGGGCUGCCAGCAGUGCCAGUUCGAUCUUCGGUCAACGGGUGCCGACCCCUUCGUCAUCAUCCCAGGAUCCCAUGAUCGUCGACGGAGGCGGCGAAAAUAACAGCCAGAACAGCAAUCGGAUCAGCGUAUACACUACGAACGGUCGCCGGUACCUGGCCAACAAUAUCUACAAUCUGGGGACAGGCAAGGACGAAAAUUGGCCGGUGAAGGUCACCAUCCACAACAUCAACACGCAAGAGAUGACUUUAUCGGGGACGAUGGAAGCGUACAACAUCCCCGACAAGACCUCCCCGUCCCACGACGCUCACAUCGUUACUUUCCUCGAGGGCGAAAUCAUCGACUUCAACACGCACACGUUGGAAACGAAGAACUUCAAAGCCGAUGCCGAGAUCGACAGUACCUACUGGCGGGAACUGCAGCCAUUCAAGACCCUCACAGACGAUGAGAUGACGAGGAACCUAGUCAGUCGGAAAUGGAUUACGGAGGAACUAUCAAAGGGGUGGAUCCUGAUGCGAUGGAAAGAACGCUGCUUCAUCACUCCCACCGACUCCCGGCAAGGCCUCACCAUCUCCGGGUUUUACUACAUCUCCCUCCAUCGAGAGAGCGGCCACAUCGAAGGUCUCUACUACGACCCGGGCAGCUCCCCGUACCAGCAAUUGUCCCUGCGGCCGGAAACCAAAAAAAUGGUCCGGCCCUCGUACAGCUUCCGCUAACUCUUCAGCAUCCUUGGUCUCGGCGUUUGGGUAAUUGAUUGGGAUCUUGGCUACCCGGAUUAUUUGAGUUGACUGCAAAUCGCAUAGCCGGUGAUUUUCUUUUUUCUUCUUCUUCGUGUUCAAAUUCAACCAAACUCAUUUGGCAGGCAGUGUCCGUUACAUAUUUGGAUUCCUGAUACAGUUGGCAUCUAUCCCCAGUCGGUUCAUACAGAACGAAAUGGAAUUGUAUCUUACCCAUCAGUGAAAUGAAAACUUACGAUAUCAUUUACAAUCC